GUUACCUUAGUUGUAAAAUGGCGGCGGAAGAUAGUUCCUGGAGGACUGCAACUUUUCGUCAGAGUGUGGUUGUGAAAAUAGAUGAAGCCAUUCGGACAUCUGGUAUGCCAACAAGCAAAAAUAGCAUGGAAAUGGAGAACCAUGUCUUCCAGAAAGCCAAGUCAAAGGAAGAAUACCUUGGAUUUGUGGCAAGGCUGAUUUUGCACGUCCGAGAGAUGAAUGCAAAGAAGGGACCUGGUAUUGGAGUACCUGGUGGUGGUACUGGAGGCCAAGCUGCUCAAGAUCCGAUUGGUGCCCUUCAAAAUCUAGCUCGUCAAGGAACAGGGAAUCAAAUCAUGGGAUUAGGACCACAAGGAGGAGGUAUGGUCCAGCCAUCAUCCAUUCCAGCAUCAAGCUUGUUGCAGACAUUAAACCAAAGGCCGCAGGGGCUGUCAGGCAUGCAACCUAUGCAGGACAAAAUUCCACCAGGCAUUGGAAUGGGUCCUGGUCCACAGGUUGGACCAAUGGUUGGAAUGCCAGGACAGAUGCAAUCUGGACCCCUACCAAAUGUUUCAUGUCCAAGUCAGAUGCCUGGUCAGAUUCCUACCCAGAUGCGAGUUCAGUUGCCAGCACAGAUGGGUGGACAGUUGCAGGGUCAAAUUCAAGGUCAGUCUCUGGGCCAGAUGCCUCAGAUGGCAGGACAAAUGCCUGGCCAGAUGUCCCAUAUGACUCAAAUGCAGCAACCAAGAAAAGGAGGUGAGGGGAUCAUGAUGACUGGUCAGAAUGCUGGAUUUGCUGGUCCACGUAAUGUUGCUUCCAGUGCAUUUCUGCGACGGAGUCCAUCACCAUCUGCUCUUCAGGCUUCUCCAGCAGGUCUGGGUGCUGCUCCAGCCAGUAACCAGAUGGCUGCAUCACCAGCUUUGGCUCCAUCACCAAGUUCACAGCUCACCCCAAUGUCUACUGCACAGCGGUCUGGUGGAAUGGCUCCAUCUCCAAGCAGUUCACUGAACACUCCUGGCCCUGCAGUACCUACCCCUAGUCCCUGCAGCCUGCAGGAGGAUCAGGCCUACAGGGAGAAGGUCCGCCAGCUUAGCAAAUACAUUGAACCCCUUCGUCGCAUGAUCAAUAGGAUGGGCAAUGAUGAUGUGGAGAAGCUGAGCAAAAUGAAGAAACUGUUGGAGAUUCUGUCCACUCCAAGUAGACGAAUGCCAUUGGAGACUUUGAUAAAGUGUGAGGUUGUUCUGGAGAAACUUGAUUUCAAACGGGGUGAAGGGAGUGUGGCACCUCAGGCAGCUCAUUUAAUUCCCUUGAAGGAGCACCACAUUUUCAGCCCUUUGCUAGAGGCCGUGAAUAAUACCCUGCAGAGUCCCGUUGUGAACCACACACUGCAGCGCACCUUUGGUCCUUGCCUUGAAGUAUUGUUUGGUCCUGAAAUCAAAAUGCUCCCCCCUCCAUUGAAAAAGAAGAAAAUAGAGGAAUCUCAAAAUGACAUACCUGAUGUACUUCAGGGAGAAAUUGCUCGUCUUGACCAAAGAUUUAAGGUCAGUCUCGAUCCAACUCAGCAACCUGGCUCCCGUUCUGUGCAGUUGCUAUGCUGGUUGGAUGAUCGUCACUUGCCCUGUGUUCCACCUGUGUCCUUAUCUGUGCCUGAGGAUUAUCCCCACAGCCCACCACGAUGUCAUAUGGCCCCUCAUGAGCACAGUUCCACACAGUUCUUGUGUGCUGUACAGAAGGCUUUGGCAUCUAGAAUACGAAAGCUUCCAAGUCGUUUCUCAGUUUCACAGUUACUUGAUACAUGGGAGAUGAGUGUACGGCAAGCCUCUGCACCAACUCAGACUCCAGUGUCUGCUGCUACUGUACUCAUGGGAUUGUAAUAUGUGAUAUGUUUACAGUUAUUUGUAUAUUUAAGUCUUUCGUGAUGUCAUCUUUAAUGUAAAAGAUAUUUGUAUUCUUAACUGAAAGUGAUAAAUAUACUUUCUGAUUUCAACCUUAUUCCAAGAUGUGGCAGUAAAUCUGUAAAAAUAUGUACCAAUCAUUACAGGGCACAUCCAAGGACUCGGUUGAAACCAGUGUUAUAAACACAUGCA